AAGUGGACAGUCAACCGGAAGUAGCUGGAAUCACCGUCCGCCCGAGCGACUGACAGGAUCCUGAGGUUCAGAGAGGGGGCGGCCAUGGAGUUGGGCGAACUGCUGUACAACAAGUCGGAGUACAUCGAGACGGCAUCUGGGAACAAAGUUAGUCGCCAGUCUGUUUUGUGUGGAAGCCAGAACAUCGUUCUCAAUGGCAAGACCAUUAUAAUGAAUGACUGUAUCAUCAGAGGAGACCUGGCAAAUGUAAGAGUUGGACGUCACUGUGUCGUGAAAAGCCGUAGUGUCAUAAGGCCACCGUUCAAAAAAUUCAGCAAAGGUGUUGCAUUCUUUCCUCUGCAUAUUGGGGAUCAUGUCUUUAUUGAGGAAGACUGUGUGGUCAACGCUGCCCAGAUUGGCUCUUAUGUUCACGUUGGGAAGAACUGUGUGAUUGGCCGCCGUUGUGUAUUGAAAGACUGCUGCAAAAUUCUCGACAAUACAGUAUUACCCCCAGAAACUGUGGUUCCCCCAUUCACUGUCUUCUCCGGCUGUCCAGGACUCUUCUCAGGGGAGCUCCCAGAGUGCACGCAGGAGCUGAUGAUUGAUGUCACCAAAAGCUACUACCAGAAGUUUCUACCCCUAACACAAGUCUAAUGUCUCUGCUUCAUAUAUUUAAUUCUUUUGAACUCUAAGACGAACCUGGAGAUAAAGAGAGCAGUCAGUGACUACAAGAGCUGUCCUGUUUUUGACAACUUCUACUCUCCUCGUUGUUGGCUUUUUUUUUUUUUUUUUUUUUAAUUUCAGAAUUUUUCAAUCUUCCAUGGCUCUGAGCAUUUAAGAAUUUAAUAAGGCUGGAGAGAUGGUUCAGUGGUUAAGCAUGCUGGUUGCUCUUCCAGAGGACCUGGGUUCAGUUCCCAGCACUCACAUGGCCCUACAACCAUAUAUCUAUAACUCCAGUUCCAGAGGAUCUGAUGGGUUUCUGGCUUCCGUGGUCACCAGACAUACACAUGGUAAAGACAUAUGUGCAGUCAAAAUAUCCCUUCACAUAAAAUAGUGAACUUUUAAAAAAGAAUUUUAAUAAGCACAUCUGGAAGAGUUUUCUUUACACACUGCACUUAGACCUAAUCUGUCAACAGUCGCCAUACCACCAUCUGAGGAGGACAGAAAGGUCUGUUCCUGAUGCUCCAGCCCUGAGUUUCUGCGGAUGGUUGGACCCUGCCUGGCUUGGGCCUGCAGAGCAACAGCACCCUCCCAGCAUGGGAUCACAUGACCCAAGUACUGCUCACAGCCCUGUCCUAUCCCCAGGGCACACUGUCCAAACAGAUGACACUCCACUUUCCUGCUGCUACAAUGGGACCAAUAGCCACAAUUUCUUGUGCCCUGGGGAAAGUGUGAUUUCAGGCCCAGGUUCUGAUUGGUGGCUAGAACAUGAGGAAAAGAGACAGUACCUGGGAGGUAGAGGCAGGAGGAAUAAGAGCUACAUAGUGUGCUCACACUUGCCUAGUGUGCUACAUGAGACCCUGCUUCAAACCAACAAAAAUAAAGUCAGUAAAAGAAAGAAAUGGGGAUCAGGUGGUAUCUAUUGUUUUAAGGUGGCCUUAGUUGUCCUAAAGUAGCUAAUAAAAGACUUAAAACAUCCUGGUUUAGGCUCAUUCAUUUAAAGAGGGGAUCCUACACUGCAGACUGUGUUUCUGCAAAAACCCAGGUUUGGGUCUUCAGUGUGAAUGGCUUAGUCAGGUCCUCAUUCCUUAACUCAAGGAUUACUUCACUAAAAAUGAGUGUCUGUGAACCUUGCUCUCUAGCCUAGAUGCAUUUGUCCUGUCUGG